UAGGGUUUGAUUUUGGCUGUUGCUUAUCGUGAUUACGCGAUCUUGGGUUAAAUUUUGAUCUUCUAAUGUUUUCACCUGAUUUGGUCGAUCGCUAUUUGGAGCUGCUUUCUUAUGUUCGAUGAUUCAAGAUCAGACUGAGACGUAAAUUGCCACUGCCAGUCUCUCCUGCUCGACUGCUAGCGAAUAGCGGCCUAGCGCUUUCUCUGCUUUUUCUGGUUUAUGAAAAUGGGGCCACGGUGGAAAGGGAAGAUCGCGGAACUCAAAGACCUUGCAGAUCCUGUGUCAAAUAUAGUAUCACAACUUCAAUGUUCUCUAAUCAAAGCAGAUGCUUGUGGCUUGCUCUCUGGGAGCAGUGUCCUCCUUGCCGUGCAAAAGGAGCAAACUGACCUUUUUAAUCGUUCAUGUUUCGGCCGACCCAUUCUUACCGCUGAGAAGGAUAAGCAGUGGUUUCAGCUUGGUCUGGAGGAGGCUUUUUACUUAUGCUAUUCUCUCAAAUGCCUUAAAAUUGUUGGUGGGGAUAACUGUCCAAAGACUUAUCAAGAUUUGUGGGAAUACAUGAAAUCCAUAAAACCAACAUUCCCUUACUUCUACAAGGCUUAUUCUCAUCUGCGAAACAAAAACUGGGUGGUCAGAACAGGAUCCCAAUAUGGUGUGGAUUUCGUUGCCGACCGUCAUCAUCCGGCAUUGAUCCAUUCAGAAUAUGCUGUUCUUGUUUUUUCAGAAGAAGUUAACAGUAUGUAUGGGAGAUUGAAGGUAUGGUCUGAUUACUAUUGCACAAUUCUCCUAUGUGGAAGUGUUGCGAAAACACUGUUAGUUCUCAACAUCAAUACAAACGAUGAUGGUACUUUUUAUCCAUCAUGCUUUGAAGCAUACUCCGUUGAAGAGCGCACAAUCACAAGAUGGAGCCCAGAACAAUGCCACGACGAUCAGACAGUCACUGCAAAUGGAACCAAGUCAGAAAUCCUUUUAGAGCUUGUGGAUGAGCCAAAGAGAGAAUUUGAGGUUGAAAUGAACUUAAAAAACUAAGUGGACAUACUGGAGAUUUGAAGGCAAGU